CUAAUGUAAAUAUUCGCAUUGGAACUGCUGAUUGGCGGCUAAAUAGACUUCGGCAGUCGCAAUGAUUCGUGCAACUCUAUUAUCGAUAAGCUUUAAGAUCGCUGCCCGCGUCAACCGUGACAUGACGCGACGUCACAAUUUCCACUCUCAUUCUUAAAUUCCCCCCCAUAUUUUUCUAUCAUACACAUCACGAAUAAGCGAUGCUCUACUAUCCCAUGUCGGCAUCACUACGACGCAAAAGACAGCUCAGUUCGAUACUCUGCGCGAGAGUUACGACCCUUUGACACCCGAAACUAGCGACUGGACUCUUGUAAGCGCUAACUGUCGUAUUCCGUAUACCUAAAGAUACAUCCGAGGGCACCAACUUAUAUCGAUUAAUGAGGUUCGAAUGGCUACAUAUAGAUAUGAAGAGACAGCAGUGAUGGAUGAAGAUAUGAAGAGUGAUACUUGCGGCGCCCAGGGGAAUCAUGGAUUUGGAAAUAUUGAAAGGUCGCCGUUCUCGAAACCAAGGACACGGAGUUUGUCUGAUGGUGGAGGCACACAAUUGUCACCAUCUCCACAUAUACUCGAAGCAUCAAGGCGCACAUCAAAAGACGAUACGGACAGUUCUCUAGUUAAGGAUAGAAACCAAGAAACAUCGGCAUCAACUGUUAUUACUACUAUGGCUACUACUACUCCAGUUACACCUAGACGACCAGAAUUUCCUAUGCGCGGAUUGUCGAUACAAAUGCCACAGUGCGAUUCUGUUUCGCCCGCUCAAACACCCAACCACGUCAAACUUGCCCCUCUUUCCCCUAAACUCGACCAUUCGCAGAUCUACGCUUCGCCAACCAACAUUCUACCUCGUCGCUCUCGUGGCCUUGAUUUUUCCAGAGCCGCCACCAGCUUACAUCAUUCCACCCUUGCCGAACAAUCCUCUCCUGAUUCAUCGCCCACUAUUGGUGGACGCGCCAUGAAUAUUCCUGGUCGCGGAAAUGGCGAUUAUGGUCAAGAACAACCCUCCACUUCCUUAUGGUCCAUGAUGGGUAACCAAGAGCGCAUGAACAUUUCUAGCUCCGUCGGCAGUACGAACCCUCUGGCGUCCGAUUCAUCCUCUAGUUCUGGUGAUGACGACCUUAUGGAUGAAGAAAUGGAGGAUGCUAUUUUCAGCACACCGCAGGUCUCUAAGGGGAGCCAGCAGCUUAGAAACACACCAUUUGGCUUCGGUAAUAACGUCGUUCCGUGGAUGCCGGGAGCAUCGCCAGCCGCGAAUAGUCUUCAGAGCUUCAGAACGCGGCCGCGCAGGCAUACCAAAAAAAGACUGCGCGGUCUAGCUGGAUCAGGCUUCGGCCCUUCUGCUCCACCCACCUUCUCUAAGUCGCCGCCUAACAACGUCGUCAAGGAUCUUAGGGACGCUUCUAUGCCUCACAACCGAAGAGAAAGCAUCAGCUGGGCUGCCAACCAGCUACAUAUCUCGGGCAGCGAGAGCGAUGACAAGUCUAUAGAUACAAGCGAUACCCUAUCUAGAGAUGGUACGAGAGGCGUCGUUAAGCGACCCGUCACGCGGCGGGGCAGUCUACUACCAAAAACGAAGGGAUUCGCGCGUAUUCGCGCCGCCCUUAUGGAGGAGAGCGCCCCGGUAGACUCGGAGACUCGCCGAGAGGCAGAAGUUAUUCGUCAAGUUCGCGAAAGCGACAUGGAUCUCGAGCCUCGUGUACCCCCUAGUCAAUUGCCGGCUUUUGACAUUCCCAACAUGUCUACCACGCAAUCCUCUCCAAACCUAGGGACUGCACAAGAUUCUCUCGACGACAUACCGGAAGACUAUAUGAUGACCGACUCCGGCUUAUCGAGCAGCUUCAAGCAACAGGCCUUGAAAAACUCGAAGGGCAAAAACUUCUGGGAAACCUUCUCCGAGACAAGCAGCGUCGCAGGUACGCGAGUUACGCCACCACCUUCAUCCCUCUUGCCUAGGGGGUCGUCAUCUGGGAUGAGUGAGGACGUAAAUAUGGACUCGCCGUCCCUAUCGGCGGGUCCAGGCCUGUUCGGCUCAGGCCAAAAUGCCGGGCCGGCAUCCGGAAGUGAGGGCCAAAGAUCGGUUACCCCGCAGCAGUCGUCCCUCCCGCCGUCUAUGCUGCAAGGAGGCGGUAUACCACCAAGUGCAGCGGAGAUCACGCGACGCAUCAACAACAAGAGGAGGCGCGACGACGACUACUUUGACACGCAUGGACUCAAGCGAAGAGCAGUCAGCCCGGGCAUGAACAGUGUCCACGGGUCGCCAGUGACGCAGAGCCCGCUACAGAGGGACGGAGGACCGUGGGGGCCCGGGUCUAGACCCGGAAGUAAUCACGGCGCCGAGAGGGAGAGGGAUAAGACGUCGGGGACGGGAACGCCGAGCGAAAAUGGGAGUAUCGGCGGGAACGGCAACGGAAAUGGAAACGUGGGGGGAAGGAUGGUUAAUGGCAAAGGCCGAGUGGGGUUCCAAGGGAUGGUGGAUACGAAUGACGGGCUCAUGCGCAUGAGUAUCGAGUAGGGUUCAUGUCGUGCCGUAUAGACGCGACAAGACGUCGCGAGAAGGGGGCUGUGAGAGGGGGGGAAAUAGCAGCGAGCUGUGAGUUAGAACUAACUACUAGGGAAUAGUAGUAGUAGUAGUAGUAGUAUGUGCUUUGCUAAAUGUAGCUGUGGAAGAAUAGGGGAGCAGUGUUGUUGAUACAGAUACCCGGGGUGCGUCUAGCGUAUCUAUCUAUUGCGAGGCGUUGUGUUGCGUUGCAAGGCAAGGGUACAUAUACUCAUGAUGCAUGAUGAUUAUUAAUAAUAAAAUUAAGUACUUAUUG